AUGUGGGUGUUCUUCACGUGGCCGCCGGCCAACCAGAGCCAUCCAUUUAUAGGCUGCGACCUUCCCGACAUGCAACAGUACGCCGCCGGGGAGGCCCGCUGCGAGCGCCGCGGCGCUAAUCAAAAAAGCAGACAAAGGCGAGAGUCUGUCGGAUCCUCCCCCGGACCCGACCUGCUCGACCCGCCCCGCUUCGCCGAGGAGGCUCGGCCGCAGCUGCGUCGCCUCCCCCGCCUGAGUCCCGUCCUUCCUCCUUCUCCUUCUCCUCCUCCUCCUCGUCUUGGCUCUCCCUCCCCUCUUCCCCGUCGAUUCGUCACUCCUCGGCCAUUGUUCGAGCUCGCGUGCUGGAAGUCUGCGCCGCGGGGCCGACCGUGGCCGCGUACCGGGCGGCGCUCUGUCGCCAUGACGGGCUCCGCUCCCAAGUUCGGGCUGGUGCUGCUGGUGGCCGUCCUGCUGCAGAGCCUGCUAGUCACCAUCACCGUGCUGCGCUUCAGCACCUCGCUCAACGCCUUGAAGGAGACCUUCUCCAGGAGCAGCGUAUCGUGCCUGAAAGGUUGGCAACUUCAAGGAGGGUCGGCCGUGAGAGGCGAUCCGUGUUGGCAGGUCACGCAGCAACUUCAGCAACUGAUCGAGAAGUCGCUAUCUCAACGCUACCAAAAGCAGAUUUCCUCAGCGGUCAAAGACGAAGUGUCUCGGGUUCUGCCCUCACUGGUGCCGGAAGACGGAGCGGCGCCGAGACCCAAAGUUGCCGCUCACGUCACGGGAAGCUUCCCGCCUAAAAUAGACGGAGGACGAGCCGCGACGACAGGGGGCGUCCGUCGUGUUCACGGCCAGAAGAUUUCGUGGUGGGAAGGCGAGACGGGUCUCGCCUUCUUGCAAGACGUCCAGCUAGUAGACGGCGAGCUGGUCGUCCCGCAGCCGGGCCUCUACUACGUUUACGCGCAGACUUACUUUCGACACAUCCCCUCGCUGGACGAAGACGACGCUCAGGAGGGCGGCGAGGACCGGGGGAGGCCUUUGCUGCAGUACAUCUACAAGAAGGUGAGCAGCUACCCGGUUCCCAUCCUGCUGAUGAAGACUAGCCGGACCUCGUGCUGGUCCCGCGACUCCCAGUUCUCGCUGCACUCCGCCCACCAGGGGGGGCUCUUCACCCUCAGCCCCGGCGACCGCCUCUUUGUCACGGUGACCAACGCGUCCGCCGUGGAUAUGGACGAGAAGAGUAGCUUCUUCGGGGCUUUCCUCGUAAGCUAGAUCCACGUCGGCUGCCGUUUAACCUUCCCGGUCAAAUUAAAUUGGACGUCUAUCGCCGUCACUGGCAAUGAAACAUGAAACCUUUAGUCCCUGAAAACAAAAUUGCACCUUCAUUGUUUGGUGGCAGAUAUUCAAACUGAGAAAUCCAUAGAAAUUGCUCGCAAGUUGUAAAUUAAAAGGAAUGUAAAUAUGUUUUAUCUGUAAAUGUGUGCAAUAAAGAUUUUCUGACUUUUUAAUUA